UCCAUCCUAAUUCACUUUCUCACAGUUGUUUUUGACACGCCGGCACCGAAAGUAGUUACUCCUAGUCGAUUCCCUGGACGGAUACCGAGAUACUGUACCGGAGACCCAUUUAUUAUAGUUCAACAGCCUCAGGGACCCAAAUAUCACAGAACCGAGGUCGAUCUAAAAUUGUGUUCUUUUCGUUCUCUAAGAGCGAUUAAGUGGAACGUGGAAAAUAAGGGUUUUCCUUAUUGUUAGUGAUCCAUCGUGGCCAUCCCAGCUCGUCCUCUUAGCUUUGCCUUGUGUGAGAGUAAAGUGUGAUAAUAUUGUGCGCCUCAGGAAUAUUAUCAAUACUCUAGUAAAAAAGUAAGGCAUGAAGAAAAGUUUAAGCCAGUGCGGAAUCAAAAUAUAAAUAUUUUCUUUGUCCAAGUAAAUCGCCAGUCGAGUAGUACCUCCAAGUGGGUAUUCGAGUAGCGGGUUUAUCAGUCGUCAGCGAGUUCCUGUUCAGUUGAGAAAGGUAAACGCAGCAAAAAAGGCCUCAAAGAAACUGAUAACCCAACUGAACGGGCGUGCAAGUGAAUCAAUUAAUUUCUCAGUUUUCCAUACGCAAGUGGGGGGAGAACACUGUGUACAAAAGUGUAGGACAGAAUCUUGGCCAGAAAGGAAUUUUAGUGAAGUGUUCAUAACAGUCAAGGGAUUGUUUGCAUUCUUAGAUUGCAGUAAGUGAAAGAUUUGAUAGUGCUAAAUCAGUUCAGCAUCCCAACAAAAACAACAACUUCAGCGAGAUGGAUUUGGUCAAGCCAUUCAUGGAUAUGCACGUGGAUAGAGUCAGCAAGGAAAUCCGUGAACAAUGUCAGGAACUGAUACUGUCAGACAAACAGAUCGAGGAGAUCAUGCGGCGGUUGCUGAAGGAAAUCAACCGAGGUCUAGGAAAAGCCACACAGCCCGAAGCAGACAUCAAAUGUUUCAUCACCUACGUACAGGAUCUGCCAAAUGGAAAAGAAAAGGGCAAAUUUCUCGCACUGGAUCUGGGCGGUACCAACUUCCGAGUGCUGCUAAUUCACCUCAAAGAUGAGAACGACUUCGAGAUGUUGUCGAAAAUCUACGCCAUUCCACAGAGUAUUAUGCUUGGCAGUGGGACACAACUGUUUGACCACAUUGCGGAAUGUUUAGCUAAUUUUAUGAAGGAACAUUCUGUCUACGAAGAAAAACUACCUCUAGGCUUCACAUUCUCAUUCCCGCUGACACAGCUCGGACUAACCAAAGGUAUUCUAGCGCGGUGGACCAAAGGUUUCAACUGUUCCGGAGUCGUCGGCGAGGACGUUGUGCAGUUGCUUAAAGAUGCCAUCGCCAGACGAGGGGACGUAACGCUAUUUGUGAUGGCCAUCUUGAACGACUCGACCGGAACGCUAAUGUCGUGUGCGCAUAGCAAUCGCAAUUGUAGAAUUGGAGUGAUAAUUGGUACCGGUAGCAAUGCAUGCUACGUGGAAACGGUCGAGAACUGCGAGAUGUUUGACGGUCCGAAUGAUCCGAAAAAGAAGCACGUCCUAAUCAACACCGAAUGGGGUGCUUUCGGCGACAAUGGAGCACUGGAUUUCGUGCGGACAGAAUACGACCGGGAGAUUGAUCACUUCAGUAUAAACCCAGGAAGGCAGACACAAGAAAAGAUGAUCUCCGGUAUGUACAUGGGCGAGCUGGCUCGCCUGGCCAUCGUCAAAUUCACCCGCGCCGGGCUCCUGUUCGGAGGCGUCGGUUCCGACAUCCUGUUCAAGCGGGGCCAGUUCUUCACCAAAUACGUGUCAGAAAUUGAAUCGGACAAACCCGGCACCUACAUGUACUGCCGCGACGUGCUGGACGAAUUGGGUCUGGAGCACGCAACCGACGAAGACUGUGCGAAUGUGCGCUACAUCUGUGAGUGUGUAUCGAGUCGGGCGGCCCAUCUGGUGUCCGCCGGUAUAGCCGGCCUCAUCAACAAGAUGGACGAGAAAAGCGUAACCGUCGGCGUUGACGGUUCGGUGUAUCGUUUCCACCCGAAGUUCCACGAUCUGAUGAAGGCCAAGAUCAGGCAGUUUGUGAAACCGGACAUUAGCUUCGACCUUAUGCUGUCAGAAGAUGGUUCCGGCCGUGGUGCGGCCCUGGUGGCCGCCGUGGCGUGUAGAGAAGCCCAAUAAGCAGUACUGCAGUUUCUUAAUGCCCAGCCCCUCCCUCAACAAUACCAGGUACACAACUACUAAACUAGUGAUUUAGAAAAUAAUUAGUAGAGCAAAGCCCACACCCCACACUGAGAAUAAAAGAUAUAUAGGAAGAGAAAGUAUGGAGCAAAAGAAAUUAAAAGAUUGAAUGCUAAUAUAAAAUUAAUAUGCGUAAUAGACAAACAAAAGUUUUAAAAUAUAAAACAGGCAAAAACAUGAAUCCAAUUCACGUUGAGUGUGUUGCAGACACGAUUAGUGGAAAGAGAAAUGAGGAUAUUGUUAUUUAUUUAUUACAAAUCAAAAAUAAAUAAACUGAAACUUCAAGAAAAAAAAAUCAACAAAUGUGAAUGCAAAAAAAGUUUACCUUGACAACUGAGUUUAGCUGUACAUUAAUUAGUUUUUAAACUAUUAUAAAUUAAUAAACAAUUAUACCUUUCAAAGACAAUAUUUAUUCAACGCGGCGUUUGAAUUUUGGAAUAUUACAAAGAAUGCGAAUUUUCUUAUUUUUUUUAAUUCGGCACAGAAAACUGCAGCAAAAUUGAAAAGUUUUUUGGUAUUAGUUGCACAUAUGAAUAGAAAUGGUUUAUUACACAUGAGACACAAAAAGUAUGUUAAUCUCAUUAAGAGAUAAACAGAUCCGCAACAUACAUUCAUUUCUAAUGCUGGAAAACUAUUGUGCUCAGACUUAUUUAGUCAAAAGGAGGAUACGUGUCCACCUUAUACCUAAACCCCGCUAACAAUUCGUAUAGUUCAAAUAUUAUCCACUGUACUGAAGUAUGCAUGAAAGGUAUCAUCUAUUUUUAUACGCUCUGUUUCAGGGUACGGCUUCGGGAAUAAUACCCUGAUAGUUGAAAAUCUAUGUUUAGUUUUAUUCAGUUUUGCCAAACGCGUCAAUCAAAGGUAAGCAGCCAUAGCGAAUAACAAAAGCUGCUAAUGUGCUUUUGAAGGAGAAAACCAUAUGAUCUUCACUGAAAGGUAAAAAAAAGAAUGUAAUAAUAUUUAAGCUAUGUAGAUCAACUACAAACAAAGCAAGAAAAACGAAACAAUAGCAAAGUGUACAUUAUAAAAGUAAAAAAAGAACAUAACAAAAGCUGAUUGUAAUUUACAUUAGAAAAAAAAGUAAUUUAAAUGAAAAUAAUUAUAAUACUGUUGACAGUGAAAAAAUAAAAAUAAAGAAAUUCUAUUGAUAGACUAUAA